ACUCUUCGCAUCCCCGACCAAGCACGCGAGGUAGCGCACGACUGAUAGAAUUCGCUACGGCAUUAGCGCGGCUGCCAAGCUUAAGCGAUCGUCGAUGGCGCGGUCGAUGAGGCUCGCCGUCCCGGCGGCGCUGCUGCUGCUGCUGCUUCUGGCAGUGGCCGCGGUGGGCGAGGUGGCGGCGAAGACGACCGUCGAGGACGUGACGGAGCAGGGCGGCAAGGAGGAGGAGUCGUGGACGGGCUGGGCCAAGGACAAGAUCACCGAGGGGCUCGGGCUCAAGCACCACCCCGACGUCGACGAGGAGGAGGCCGCGCGCAAGGCCGGCCACACCGCCAAGUCCGCGCGCGAGUCCGCCCAGCACGCCGCCUCCGAGGUAGGGAAGAAGGCGGGGGACGCCAAGGACGCGGCGGGGGAUGCGGCGGCGGGCGCGUCGAGCAAGGCGGGCCAUGCCAAGGACCAGGCGAAGGAGACGGUGAAGGGCGCGGCCGGCGAGGCGUCGAGCAAGGCGGGGUACGCCAAGGAGAAGACCAAGGAGGCGGCCGAGGCGGCGAGCCAGCGGGGCGCCGAGGCGCACGAGCGGUCGAAGCAGGGCAAGGCCAAGGUCGAGGAGAAGGCCAGGGAGAAGGCCGGGCAGGGAUACGAGGGCGCCAAGGACAUGGCCGGCAAGGCGCACGAGACGCUGCGGCAGACCACGGACGCUGCCGCGGAGAAGGCCGGCGCGGCCAAGGACGCCGCGUGGGAGACCACGGCCGCCGCCAAGGACAAGGCCGGCGCGGCCAAGGACGCCGCGGCGAAUAAGGCCGGCGCGGCAGCGAAUAAGGCCGGCGCGGCCAAGGACGCCGCGUGGGAGAAGACGGGCUCGGCCAAGGAUGCGGCGGCGGACAAGGCCGGCGCGGCCAAGGACGCGGCGUGGGAGAAGGCGGAGGCGGCGGGCAAGAAGGCGCAGCAGUCGAAGGAGGCGGCCAAGGGGAAGGCCACGGAGAAGGCGGCGUCGGCCAAGGACGCGGCGUGGGAGACGGUGGAGGCGGCCAAGGAGAAGGCCAACGAGGGAUACGAGAAGGUGAAGGAGAAGGCGCGGGAGACGGCCGACACGGCCAAGGAAAGGAUCGAGGAGGUCAAGGAGAAGGUCGCCGGCCCCGACGCCGACAACAAGGGGAAGCACCGGAGGGCGGACGCGGACAAGUACCGGUCGGAGGACGAGCUGUGAGGAAGCCGGCCGGGGUUGGGAUCAGUCAUUGCACGCCUUCUUCUAGGCAUGGUGUUCCUGCUGUUCAUGUUGUUUUCAGUGUGUUGCUCUAGUUUUUCACACGGCUCUGUACUCUUUGUUCCAGCCAUCGUGCUGUUCCUACUUUUGUAUAAUAAUCUGAUAAUGUGCAGACAUGCUUCUUUCA